AUGAAUUGUGAAGUCUUGCCCAAUAUUCCCAAGCCCCAUAUAAGGUCAUCUGAUACCACACCCAUUCCCUCCGAGAAGUCCAUUGUGUUCCUAUCCCUCAUAUUGCUCUUCCUAACCUUUCCCCUAUCGAUAUGGUGUUGUUUGGUGACGGUGGCCCAUUACCAAAGAAUUGUCGUCUUUCGUUUGGGUAGAUUGAGAAAAGGUGGCAUACGUGGUCCCGGUUUGGUUUUCCUACUACCCUGCGUAGAUGAUUAUAUCAAGGUGGAUUUACGUACCCAGUCUUUUGAUGUUCCGCCACAGGAAGUUUUGACCCGAGAUUCGGUGACCAUACAAGUUGAUGCUGUCGUAUAUUAUAGUAUUCGCAAUCCCUUGGAUUCGGUUAUACAAAUCCGCAAUGUUCACGAAUCGACUAGGUUGUUGGCCCAAACUACCCUGAGUAAUAUUGUGGGUACCAAGAAUUUAAUGGAACUGCUGACGGCCAAGGAAUCAAUGUCUCGAACAAUUGGCAUCAUUUUGGAUGAGGCCACCGACCCUUGGGGUGUCAAGGUGGAAAGGGUGGAGAUAAAAGAUGUCCGCCUACCCAUUGCCAUGCAACGGGCCAUGGCUGCCGAAGCGGAGGCCUUGCGAGAGGCCAAGGCCAAAAUUGUGGCAGCUGAGGGAGAGUUGAGUUCUUCGAAGGCUUUGAAAGAAGCCUCAGAUGUUAUGGCCUCAAAUCCCAUAAUAUUACAGCUUCGUUAUUUACAAACCCUAUCGAAUAUAUCCAGUGAACACAAUUCGACAAUUAUAUUUCCCUUUCCCAUUGAUUUGUUGUCGCUGACGAGACCAAAUUCGCAAAUCUCUUCGUAG